AUGCGUUUCUUCGCUGCAUCUCUUGCUACGCUCGCCAUUCUUGUGGCGCCUAUCUUCGCUGCCCCAGAUGCUCUGAGGGCUGUCGAGACGUACGCCGGCGAGACCAGCGGCAAGUAUAUCGUCAAAUUCAAGGAGGGCGUCUCUGCGAAGGCGUGGGCCAAGAAUCUUGGUCUCUCCAACGCCGUCGAUUGGAAUAUCAUCAAUGGUCUUGCGAGCAACCUUGAUACCAAUUCGCUCAACACCCUCCGAGCCUCUGCCGAUGUCGAACUCAUCUCAGAGGACGGUAUUAUGCACACCAUGGUUGUUCAAGAUGACGCUCCUUGGGGCCUCUCCCGGCUCAGCUCCCUGACUCCGUCUGCGAUCCAGAAUGCAGGCCUGCUGAACUUUACUUACAUCUAUGACGACACCGCCGGCGAGGGUGUCGAUAUUUAUAUCGUUGACACGGGUGUUUAUGUUCAGCAUGAACAAUUCGAAGGUCGUGCUAGAUGGGGUAUCGCCGUUGAAAACUACCAACAAUUCGAUGGCCAUGGACACGGGACUCAUGUUUCUGGAACCGCCGCUGGGAAACAAUUCGGUGUUGCGAAGAAAGCCAACAUCAUCGCCGUCAAAGUGCUCAGUGAUGGCGGCUCCGGUACCGUCUCUGGAAUCGUCACUGGUCUUAACUGGGUGCUCGGCCAAGUGGAGGCUUCCGGCCGUCCCUCUAUCGUCUCCAUGUCCCUCGGCGGCGCAGGAAACACAGCGCUCGACAAUGCCGUCGCCUCCCUCACCACCGCAGGCAUCCACGUCACCGUUGCUGCGGGCAAUUCCAACACCAAUGCUGCCAACACCUCCCCAGCGCGCGCACCUUCUGCCGUCACCGUCGGUGCAUCCACCAUCGCCGACGAGCGCGCCUCCUUCUCCAACUUCGGCCCAAUCGUAGACGUCUUCGCGCCUGGCCUCAACGUUAUCAGUUCGUGGACGGGUAGCGUGACGGCUACGAACAGCAUCUCGGGCACGUCGAUGGCGACGCCGCACAUUGCGGGCCUGAUUGCAUACCUCAUUAGCAAGGAGGGGAAUGCGUCGCCUGCGGAGAUUGAGGCGAAGAUCAAGGCAUACGCGCUUAACGGUAUUCUUACGGGUAUUCCGACCAAUACCCUCAACGCUCUGGCACACAACGAAGCUCCCACAACCGACGAGUAA